AGGGGCCGGCCUGGAAUUGAUUAAGUUGGGAGGAGAAAAAGAAGAAGGCUGGGCGAAGCUCAACUCAGCCCGGGGGCCCUCCUUUGAAACUGACUAAUUGGGGAGGGAAGACACAAAGGGAAGCGAAAGGCGCUGGGAGAGACGCGCAGCGAGGAAGAGUUCCCGCUGGGUGAGUGGAGUUGCCUCCCCUCCCCGGAUCUCCGUGGCUGAUCCCCCCCCCCAAAAAAAACUCGGAAACUUUUGCCAGGACUAGGACUCCCCGAAGGGAGUGACAGAUCCCAGCUCGUCCUGGGGAGGAGACGAGGCGACGAUCGGGAGUCGGUAGGAACAGAAGUGCGCGGGGCGGUGGGGCGGGGGAGAAAGCCACCAUGCGCCUUGCAGACGCGUCCUUGGCCCACUGCCUGCUGCUGCUGCUUCUGGGAUCCUGCUGGGCCCAGAUCCAUGGGGAAAAGGGCAUUUCCAUCCCCGACCAUGGCUUCUGUCAACCCAUCUCCAUCCCGCUGUGCACCGACAUCGCCUACAACCAGACCAUCAUGCCGAAUCUGCUGGGGCACACCAGCCAAGAAGACGCUGGCUUGGAGGUCCACCAGUUCUACCCUCUGGUGAAGGUUCAGUGCUCCCCGGAACUGAAGUUUUUUCUGUGCUCCAUGUACGCUCCUGUGUGCACCGUCCUGGAGCAGGCCAUCCCUCCCUGCCGCUCCAUUUGUGAACGGGCCCGCCAGGGCUGUGAAGCCCUUAUGAACAAGUUCGGUUUCCAGUGGCCCGAAAGACUCCGCUGUGAGAACUUUCCCCGUCAUGGAGCUGAUCAGAUUUGUGUGGGGCAAAACCACUCCGAGGAAGGGGGCUCGCCGGCGCUGAUCACCAGUGCUACUCCUAUUGCUGGGCAAGGGACUGCAGGCCCACCACGCUAUGCCACGCUUGACCACCCCUUCCACUGCCCACGAGUCCUCAAGGUGCCCAGCUACCUCAACUACAAGUUUCUUGGCGAAAAGGACUGUGCAGCACCUUGUGAGCCCUCCAGGAGCGACGGGCAUAUGUUCUUUAACCAAGAGGAGAUCCGCUUUGCCCGGAUCUGGAUUCUCAUCUGGUCUGUCCUAUGCUGUGCCUCCACUUUCUUCACUGUCACCACCUAUUUGGUGGACAUGCAGCGUUUCCGCUACCCAGAACGGCCCAUCAUCUUCCUCUCAGGUUGUUACACCAUGGUCUCCGUGGCUUACAUUGCUGGAUUUGUGCUGGAAGAGCGGGUAGUGUGUAACGAGCGUUUCCAAGACGACGGCUACCGGACUGUGGUGCAAGGCACCAAAAAGGAAGGCUGCACCAUAUUGUUUAUGAUGCUCUACUUCUUCAGUAUGGCGAGUUCCAUCUGGUGGGUCAUCUUAUCCCUCACUUGGUUCCUGGCUGCAGGCAUGAAAUGGGGCCACGAAGCCAUCGAGGCUAACUCACAAUACUUCCACUUGGCAGCCUGGGCUGUGCCAGCAGUCAAGACUAUCACCAUCCUGGCAAUGGGGCAGAUAGAUGGUGACCUCCUGAGUGGAGUUUGCUUUGUGGGCCUCAACAACAUAGAUCCACUGAGGGGAUUUGUGUUGGCCCCACUCUUUGUCUACCUCUUUAUUGGCACAUCCUUUCUUUUGGCGGGCUUUGUGUCCCUUUUCCGGAUUCGCACCAUCAUGAAACACGGAGGCACCAAGACAGAGAAGCUGGAGCGCCUCAUGGUGCGCAUUGGGGUCUUCAGCGUCCUCUACACGGUGCCAGCCACCAUCGUCAUUGCCUGCUAUUUCUAUGAGCAGGCCUUCCGCGAGCACUGGGAGCGGAGCUGGAUCAGCCAAAACUGCAAGAGUCUGGCUAUUCCCUGCCCACUUCAGUAUACGCCGCGUAUGACUCCGGAUUUCACCGUCUACAUGAUCAAGUAUCUCAUGACUUUGAUUGUGGGCAUCACCUCAGGCUUCUGGAUCUGGUCAGGAAAAACCCUUCACUCUUGGAGGAAAUUCUAUACCAGGCUAACUAAUAGCAAACAUGGGGAGACAACUGUUUGAAAAGGGACUUAUGGAGGAAGUGAAGAGCAAAGUUGCCAGCUUAAAAACAUUUCAGAAAAACAGACAGAACAAAAAUCCAAUGUGCUUUCACCCUUCAGGCGCUCCAUGUGGGGAUGUUUGUGCUUUGGGGAGCCUCUAUGGAAUUUGGGGAGUGUGGAUUCUGUCCUACAGGGCUAGGACCUCCUCUGACAAUCGGAGACAAACACAAGAGGCAUCGGAGGAAAAGAACGAGGGAGAGAAACCGAAGUUUUUAAAACUGUCUCCUUUAAUUAAAACAAAAUCUAAACUU